AUGUCCGGCCUGUCCACCAAGCUGCCCGCGCCGCUCUUGCGGUCCAUGUACCGGCGGUGGGUGCGCUUGGCGCCGCAAUUCUCCCGGACCCCCUACUUUCGCGGGAUCAGCGGGAUCUUCCUCGAGGCGGAGGCCCCGCUGCCUGGCAAGCGGUGGACUACCCUCUCGUACCGGGAAAUGGAGUAUGUCACGCGGGCGGCCUUCCGCCUGGGCGGCCGGGCCAUUCUCCGUCCGUCCUCCGUCGACGAGUACAUCCUGCCCAAGGAGGGCGCCACGGAGCACACGCGCGUCGUUUUGGACAUCCUCCGCGCCCAGUGCAAGCUGGAGGAGGACACCACGGCCGGCUGGCAGCUCCUGCUGGAUCGCUUUGCCUUUUUGACCGGGACCACGGCCGAUGUCGGGCGCUUGGAGCUGCUGUUCGGCCUGCUACCGCGCCAGGAGUCCGACACGCCGAUGAAGCUGCUGACCCAUGGCUUGGACUUGCUGGAGCGACUGGAAGGCAUGUUGCAAAUGGACGUGCGCAACCUCCAGUGGAUGGUCCGGGCGGCUCUCCGGGUGCAACUCUUCGAGCUGGAGCAACAAAUGGCCGGCGGCCAUGAGGGACACAUCCAGGUGCUGGCCGGCUUGAUGGAUCUGCCCCAGGCCGACAGUCUGUCCAUUCGGGACCGCUUGACUCGGGACAUGGAGGGUCUGAUGGAGUCCUCGGGCCCGGAGUACCGGCGCCUGCCGGUGGCCUACUCGCGCCUGCUGUCGGCCCUGCGCAUCAGCCUCGACCAUGCCGGCAUCCGCCGGGAGGACUUGCUCGAGGGCAACCUGAACCCGAAGGUGGUGGCCGCCAUCGAGGCGGCCUGCCAUGCGCAAUUCAUCCGCCUGGUGAAGAUCUGCCACCAGUACCACAUCGUUUUGCCGGUCACCCUGCGCGUGAGCGACUUCUUCCCGCUCUUCACCGACACCAGUCGCGACUGGUCCGAGGGGGAUCUCUCGCCGGAGGAGCUCCAGCAGCUGGAGCGCUUCUUCGCCGAAGGGAGCAACCUCCCCGUCCCGGACCGGUAUUUGGAGCUGGAGAUCGAGUAUAAUGACCUGCUCCGGGGGAUGGGCCGCAGCCCGGAAUCCAACCUCCGGGAUGAGAUCAUCCGCUUGGAAAUCCUGGAAGAGAUGGGCACCGUCCUGCGAGCCGUGGACCCGGAACACCCGUUGCUUCGGGCCCGCGGCAUUGAUGGCGUCCCGGCGUCCGAUCCCGAGACCCCGUACGAAUUCCCGCCGUUGGACUUCCUGCCGGAUGACCACCCACUUUUCCAGAUGACCGGCACCCGGGACAUCGAUGCCCGGCAUGUGCUGGCCUUCAUGCUCCUCAGCCGCGACGCGGCCCAGUCCAUCCUCCAGUACUACAACGAGUACCCGAACCAGGUGACCCCCUACCUGAUUGUGUUCAAUGUGGCGGUGGCCGGGACCCAGCGCCAGCUGUAUGCCCUGGACGAUGUGCCGGCUGGCCAGAUGCCCGAAACCCCGGGCCCCGCGCCGGACAUCGACGCUCCGGGGCUGGGAUUCCGUCCCGACGACAUGGACGACCCGACGCACCUUGUCACCGAGCGCAAGGCCAUCAUGAAGGAGGCCCUGCGCCGGGGGCUGGUCAAGAAUGACGGCCUGCCGCCGGGGGCUGGUCAAGAAUGA